AUGGACCCUUUUGUGACAAAUCUAGUUUGGCUUCAACACAUCUGCUAUUCACCCCGACCCCCUCUCUUUCAAUCGGUUAAUCCAACCCGGGCUUCCUAUCCAGAUCACCUUCAGAUUGAUAAAAUAAAAAUCACGAUGGAAGUAGAGGAAGAUGAGCGGUUAUCGUUCCUGGAUGGUGAGGUGAUUCGCUCUAAUGGAGCGCUCAAAAAGAAAUUGUUCAGAAAGGAGUCUUAUGCUGGGAUAAUACUCAAUUUGCGGUCCCAUCACAAUUACAGGCUAAAGAUAGGAAUAAUGAGGAGCAUAAUCAUCUGGAGCCUACGCCUAACGGAUGUAGAAUUAUGGGACGAAGAGUUAGACAAAUUAACUAUGAUAUUUCUCGACAAUUACUACCCAAACGAAGUAAUACAAAGAAACAUACGGGCCGUAAAAAGCCGAUGA